GUUGUUGGUGUUGCCUGCGAGCUCAGCUCAGCCUGAGAAGGACUCAGGGUGGUUUUGUCAAGGGGGGUAAAAGAUGGCAUCCCAGCUGCUGCGUUUGAGGCUGUUGGGCCUCGCGGCUUCGCUGACCUUGUUGGCUUUUUCAGAAGUGACAGGCGGUGGCGAGGAUCUGCACAAGAUCUUCAGAAGAAGAGAUGUGGCAGGAGCGGCUCCUCCAGCCUCCUUCUCCUCCUCCUCCUCCUCGUCCUCCAAGUCGUCAGUGGCCAUGGCGCCCUCCAAAGCGCAGGAGUUCCUAGCAAAGCUGAGGCGCACCAAGAGGAACAUUUGGGACCGCAGCAGACCAGACGUGCAGCAAUGGAUCAUGCAGUUUAUGUACAUGGGCUACGACGAGCAGAGGCUGGAGACGGACCUGUCCUACUGGAUGGACCACGCACGCUCCACCGACCACGGACGUCAGCAUCACUACGAUGAGAACGCGCCAAUCGGCCCCCGUGACCCAAACUCAUACCGACACGGCGCCAACGUCAACUAUGACUACUAUUAGCAUCAGCACGCACCCCAGCUAAGCGAGAAGAAAGCAGCUUCCUGGUCGGAAUCCAAUAUAAUGACCACAACGCACACACGUACGUAGUCUUGUUCCGUGUGGAAAUCACUUAGCUUCUAGAAGAAAAAAUGCAAAAAACACAAUAAAUAUGCUUUUCUAUUUCUCUUC